UUGCUGGCUAUUUCGAUACCAUCAGGGUAGGUAUAAAUUGCCGACUUGUUAUAUCAAUAUUUUUGUACUUUUUCAACAUCCCUCACUGUCGCAGCUAAGAGGUUAAAACAACUGAUAAAUAAAGCUCAGUUCAACGGUGGAUACUAAAUCUUAUAGUUGCAAGAUGCCGACCUACAAAUUCCAAUAUUUUGAUGGGCGAGGACGUGGUGAGAUUAUCCGGUAUGUGUUUCACGCCGCUGACAAGGACUUCGAGGACAUAAGAUACGAUUUUCCAACCUGGGCAACAAUUAAAGAAUCAACCCCAUUCGGUCAGAUUCCUGUCCUAACUGUUGAUGGUAAAAAACUGGCACAAAGUGGCUCUAUCGCAAGAUACCUUGCACGAGAAUUUGGGUUGGCCGGAAAGACAAGUUGGGAACAAGCUUUGAUAGACCAAUAUAUGGGUCUAGCCGGGGACUUGUUUAAAGAGGUUAUCAAAUUUUAUUUUGAAAAGGAUGAGGGAAAGAAGAAAGAAUUACUGAAAAAUUUGGAGGACGUGUUGUAUCCGAAAUUCUGUGGGUUCUUUCAAAAUGCUCUUGAGAAAAACGGAGGCAAUUACUUUGUAGGAAGUGGACUAACAUUGGGCGACCUCGCAGUCAUAGAUAUAUUUGACACACCACUACAUCACAGCCCAAAACUCAUGGAUGCAUUCCCCAAGCUUCAAGCACAUAGACAACGUAUAUUGGCCUUACCCAAUCUUGCAACCUAUGUUCAGAAAAGAAAAGUGACUGACAUUUGAAUUAGUCUCGUCGAAAGGUUCAUGCCAACUGGACCAAGAGUAGAUAUCUAUCUAUAAUACUUCUACAAAAUGUCUUAGUGUUUACAAGCUUGCUGAAAAAAGUUGUUUUGUAGGAAAUGUAAACAAUAUGUUUUAAAGGGUAUACAGCUAUAUCUACUGCAAAAUCCACCAAAAAUGCUUUUAUAAAAAUAUGGAAGUAUGUUGCCUUAAAAUACAUGGAAUCAUUGCUAAACGGAUACAACCCUGUUAAAAAUAUUACAAUUAUAUUUUGUGUCGAAACAUUUUAUUCUGUUUACGUACAAUAUCCACGUGUGUUAAAUAACAGAGGCAUUGUUUGUUACAUCAACCAAAAGAGUUUUGAAACAUUAUAAUUUUACUGUUGAUUAUUUUAUAAAAUAGUUUAAUAAGAUAUAACUUUAUACCCUGAAAUAUUUUUUUUAUAUAAAAUCAAUAGUUUUGUAUUAACACAAUGACAUUUUAUACUUUUGUUGCUUUUUUAAAAAUAACACUAUAUUUUCAUAUGGUGAACACCUAUAGUGUGUAGAAUAAAAAAAUUAAAACAUAACAUAUCUACUUUAUGUGAAGUCAAAA